AUGACGAAAUACAGAGAAGGAAAAUUUUUUCACAAGUCAUCUUCUUCUUUCAGUUUUUUCUCUAAUAUGGUAUCAAAGCGCGGAUAUGGUGCUUGGAGGAGGGCUAUGUUCAUCGUUUUGUCCGCUAAGAACAAUCUUGGGCUUAUUGAUGGAACUAUUUUGGAGCCCAAGCUUUCUGAUCCUUUAUUUCCAGCAUGGAAUAGAUGCAAUGACAUGGUUAUCUCCUGGCUUCUCCAUUCUUUAUCCAGGGAAAUUGCUGAAAUUGUAAUUUAUUUCAGAUCUGUAAGAGAAAUUUGGAAAGAGUUGAAAGACAGAUUUGGUCAAAGCAAUGGACCUAAGUUAUAUCAACUUCAAAAAGAGCUCAGUGAUCUGCAACAAGGUGUCUCUGAUGGUACAGGAUAUUAUACCAAGGUUAAAAGGAUAUGGAAUGAAUUAGAUUGCCUUGAUACCAGCAAUCAUUGCACUUGUGAUUGCACUUGUGGAGGUAAAGAAAAAACCUCCAAAUCCCAUCAAGUGGGAAGGUUGAUUUCGUUUAUAAUGGGGCUAAAUGAUACUUAUUCAGGAGUGAGAAGUAACAUUCUCAUGUGUUCUCCCUUUCCCAACAUUAACCAAGCCUACUCCCUUUUGGUUCAAUAUGAAAAACAAAGGGAGAUCAAAGUUGCUCAACACCCAGCUGAAUCUAUUUUCCUAGUAACUAGAAAUCAGAGGUUCACCAAUCCUAGGACCUAUGAUGGUAGGAGAAAUAAUUUGAUUUGCUCUCACUGUAAGAAACCUGGCUACUCUGCUGAAAAAUGCUAUAGACUAAUAGGAUUUCCAGUAGACUUCAAAUUCACCAAGAGUAAAAAGAAUCCCCCUAGUCAUGUUUUUGGAAAUACAACAAUUGGAAUUGAUCCUGAAGGAAUUAACUCAACGUCCCAUAAGGGAAUCACUCAGGAGUAA